CAGAAGUCGAAGAAUUGUUUGGCCUUAAACUUUACAUUUCUUUUGGAAAUGUCAGAUUUAAAAAGUCAGCUAUUUAUUAACAAGUUGUGACAGUCUUUCCAAGUCAUUGUUCUGUCAGAGAUUUUGCAGUCAUCUUGAUAAUGGUGUUAAUGGUGUGACAAAAGGCAUGCAGACAUUGUUACAUGACCCUUUAAGUUCAGUUCAGUUUUUUUUUUUUUUUUUUGAACAGCAGAGUGAUGUACAUAAUAAUACUUAAUAUUACAUACUCCAAACAGUUUCUUUGCAAAAAAGACAUGAAAGAAGACAAAAUUAUGCUUGCAUUUUUUUAUUUAGCUUUUAUGACAAACAUUUUUUUGUCUCGGGUUGAUUGGAUUUCAGCUAUAUAAAGCAAGUUUAUUAUCAAGUAAUCAAAAAACAAAGCACGUCAAUAUAAAUGUGAGUAUUUAUCUAAAAUAAGGCUGGGUCGACUCAUGGACUAGCAAUGACAGACUUACUCUGAUCGAGUCAAUUCGAUCACAAUGCCCAGAUAAUGAUUCUUUGUCAUAUAAAGUAAGAGAAAAUACAAUAAACUGGAUAAAGUGACUGUCGGCAAUCACAGUACAGAGCAAUGCCGAAGAAUGUGGAAAGAAUUGGAAAAGCAGGUAUGGUGUGUGUUUUAGAGAUUUAUUUGCAGGGCUAUGCAUUGCUACUGUAUAAUGUAUCACAUAAAAAAAAUCAGUUUUUAGAAGCUACUGCAAUGAUGAAAGCAGAUAUGGACUAAGUUCACAUACAUCAUACAGUCUUAUUUUGAAUGCUGUCUGCUUCACACACACAAAGGCUUACCAAUGCAGUAUUUUAGCAAAUAUGCAUGUUUAAUGUUCAUAUUCAAAGUGAGCGCAUUUAUGAAAAUUAACCAUGACACUAGCCAGCACGUGUGAUUUACAGUUUACAGUUGAUUAAAAUAAAAGUAUUACUGAUGCUAGUGAAGGAUGUUUUCGAUGCGUAAAUGAUUUUGUUACAGCUGAGCACCUCUCAGUUAUCUGACAAAUUGCUUGCAAAGUAUUCAAAGCUGGAGCCCUCAAAAAAAAAAAAAAAAAAAAAAAGAAGUGGAGUAGUAAAGCCAUGGAAGCAAUACCAGAUUAUGAGGUAAAGUCAAUAAGAGCAGCUUGUAUGUUGCUGUCAGUUUAUUUUGUAGCUAUAAUGGGAAUGAACUAUCUUAUAGAGUGUGGUGAUGCAUAUUUGUUUGCACACUCUGCAUAUGUGUGUGUGUGUUUUGUAUGUUAAUGGCAUAGGCCAUUGUACCUAACCCUGUCUCUUUUCAUGUGUUUUAAGGGCCUUCUUAUAAAGGUCUUGUUGGUUGCAUUUUUUUUAAACAGUGACUGGGUAAAGCUCAGUGCAAAAUGCUAUUUCCCUAGAUCUGACUAAAUAUUUUUGGUUCUCAAAAACAAUUUAUGAACCAUCACAAUUUGACUUCUGUAAAGUUUGGAUCUAUUGGAUUCUUCAUUUUUUUAAAUUUUUUUUUAAGGUACGAAAGCAUCGUACCCUUAGUGAUAUUUUGGAGGAUGCUAAAGCAGCAUCACCAAUAAAAGUGAAAAGGGUGAGUAUCAAGUUUUUUCCUGUCAUUUUACUUCUACCUUGCAAACCUUAUAAUGUUGUAGGCAGGUUGACUGCUUUGAAUUAGGAUAUAGUAUCGUAACAAUAACAACAGUUAAAUUUAGUACAGCGCAUUUUCCUGUGCAGAGUUGAGCGCUAAGCUAUACUUAUGACUAGAAACAAGUAGCUUAACAUACAACAAAGCAGACGCUUAAACACAUAAAAUUAGAUUCCUAUAGAUUGACUAACAUUUAAUUAGUUGUGGAGUCAAUGAGAAUAGAAUGUUUAGAUUUCUGAGGAAAAUAAUCCUUAUGUCUUCUUGUUGCUUUUAGCUUUUUAAAUUACUUCUUAAACUGUCCAGCAGCCAGUAAAGCCAUUGUCUCCAGAAAAAACAUAUAUCAAAAAGCAUUUUGAGAAAACGAAGAAAAAAUAUCCAACAACGAAAAAAAAAGAGGUUGAGCAAAAUAUCUUGCACAGGUGGGAAAACCUCCCACGAAGGAAACGGGUAAAUUAAAAAAUUUUCUGCUCUAAAUUCUUUAAAAGUUUUCAUUUAGUCCCUUGCUACUUAUUAAUAUGACUUCAAAUUCUCUUGAAAAAUUCAUCUUUGAAAAAGAUGAAUUCAUGAUGUGAUCGCUGGAAAUACCAAAUCUGUUUUUCUUUUUUUAGUUGAACAUGAAAUGUUGAAGUUCUGCUGUCUGUAGAAAAUAUGUUUUCUACCUUUGUGUGUAUAUAUAUAUAUGUGUAUGCACUUUUUGUGUAAUUAUAUUCUUUUGAUUCAUACUGAAGUUUCUAUAUUUUAAGAAAUGUGUUGUAAUUAAGCGAGUGGGCGCAUGCUGGACGAGUGCAUGGGAGUAAAGUGAACCAUUGCGCGCAGGAUCCACAUUGCAGUCCAUUACAGUCAUAUAAAGUAAGAGGCAAGAAAAUAAACUGGGAUAAAGUGACUGUCGGCAAUCACAGUACAGAGCAAUGCCGAAGAAUGUGGAAAGAAUUGGAAAAGCAGCUGAGCACCUCUCAGUUAUCUGACAAAUUGCUUGCAAAGUAUUCAAAGCUGGAGCCCUCAAAAAAAAAAAAAAAAAAAAAAAAGAAGUGGAGUAGUAAAGCCAUGGAAGCAAUACCAGAUUAUGAGGUACGAAAGCAUCGUACCCUUAGUGAUAUUUUGGAGGAUGCUAAAGACAGCAUCACCAAUAAAAGUGAAAAGGCCAGUAAAGCCAUUACAUCCCGAACAAAUGUACAUUAAAAAACAUCUGAUGAAGAUGAAAAGCAAACAGCCCCUAACAAACAGAAAAGAGAUCUACAAAAAGAUCUUGGAGAGGUGGGAAAACCUCCCACCAAGGAAACGGGUGAAGUAUCAUUUGCAGUACAUUAAGGAUUGGGAAGACUUUGUGAAAGCAAAUGAAGAGUUCUUGGAUGUAGAUGAAAUCACAAGACAGCUAAUGGAAGUUGCCCCCAAAGAUAGGAAGAAAAAGGCUAAAGUCAUAAAGAGUGGCAAAGUAUGGCAGAGGAAAAAGUAUGGGACAAAGCUUCAGAGAUUGAAGGAAGACUAUGAACUUCAAGUACAAGAAUUUGAGAAGACAGUCACAAGGGGAUCUAGCAAAAUUCAAGGAGACUCAGAAUUACAGUAGAAAGAAAAGAACAACUGACUAACUGAAACUAAAAGCACUUUUCCUGUGUACAUAAAUCAUUAUCUUUUGCUUUAUUGGGCUAAUUAUAAAUCACUAUUUGUAUGAGAAAAUUGAGAAACUGACAAUAUUAUAAAUGUGUAAUUUUGUGUUUUACCUUGACUUGAUUGCCCUGGGGGGUAGAAGAGGUACAAGAAAGACAUAGAGAUCACAUAUCAAACAGUUUUCUGAAAAAGGGAAAUCACAGAAAGCACUUUUAUUUAUAAAACAGUUAUCUAAAGUAUUUUUGGUUACAGUUAUUACUUACAACUAAACAACAAUAAAUGCGUUAAGACUUAGCAAGAAUCUGAAAAAGUGCAUGUUUGUAAGAACUUUAGUUUUAAAUUAAUUUUGAAAAAAAUGCCCAUCAACGAAAAAGCUUAGAAUUAUUAUUCGAAUGUUUUGUUCUUAAAUAAGGGAAUGUUAUAUUAGGUUUUAGUGAGAUUUAGUUAUCCAUGUGAUACAUUUUGUGUAAAGAGAAGUAGUGUGAGCAUAAAUACUUUAUUAGGAGCUGUCUACUGCUACCUUUAUUGAUAAAUUACUAAACCUUGAUUUUGAUCAAUUUGGGAAAAAUGUUUAAACUAGCUCGGCUUUAAAAGAUGAUCAGAAUAUAUGUACAAGGUAAGCAUCACUAACAUUUAGAUGCAUUAUUACAGAGGAAGAUUGCACGAUUUUAAGAAUUUUUAGCUUCCUGCAAAAAAAUUGAGUUGAUUUUUAUAAUUAUGUCGUCAAGGUGCAAUCUGUGGUAUAUGAGCUAAGCAUACUAAGUUGAACAGGGCAGGUAAAAAUAAUCCUUUAAAGAAAAGGGAGCAACCUGACAAUCCUACUGACAAAAAUAGUUACAGGCCUUAUGUUGAAAAUAUUUUUAAUAAAGUUUGUCUUUGCUUAA